GCAGGGUGCUGAUGGGUUCUCUUCAAUCCACAGCCCCAGCCCUGCUGGCUGCAGUCCCCGCGCUGUUGCACAGCGUGACCCCCGUCUCCUCGCCCAGGAGCAGUGAUCCGCUGUGCUUCACCCCGAUGUACAGAGAGACCGUGCGUCAGUCGCUGGUCGCCCGAGACCUCAUGACCUUCACCCCUCCCACGAGCAAUUAGAGUCGCCCGCUGCCCCCCCAGCCUCCCUGUCUCCUGCGGUGAGGCCCUGCCAGGGUGAAAUAAUCCUGAGGCCCCCUAGUGGCCAGAAACCCCAGACGCUGUUGAUUUGGCGUGAGUUCCUGCCUCAAGGCAUCCUGGAGGGUGUUUGGGAGAACAGUGGAUGGGAUUUUCCUGGUGGAGGUGUGUGGGAUCUCCGUAUGGAGCCUGGUCUCUGGCCUGGGUUCGCUGGCUCCCCUCUUCAUCUCGUACGGAGGCACCGAUCUGGAAAGCGAACAGAGGGGGGGGGGGUACUGAGAUUUAUUUUUCGGCUGGAGGCCACAUCGAUACCUGUGUCUGGCCUGAUGGUAUUCUUUCCACGUGCUCGUUCCUCGUUCGUGUUGCUUUGUAACCCCUUUAAAGAAAGCGACCAUCUGUAAUAACCGUAUUAAAGGACUGUGUUUACUUCAGUGUGUGGCGUGCUCUUUCCAGAAGGCUGCAGUUUUGUGGAGACUCCUUGUUUUCUCCAGGGACAGCAGGAGGCACACCCCUCGUGAGUAUUUCAAGAAUACUGCGUUUUUAUGUGCUGGUAGGGGCUACAGUCCAAGUAUAGUAGAACAGUCCUGUUGCAUGAGGAGCUAUAGGACAGGUACGGUAAUGGGAGAGUAAGGGUCUGUCGUAAAAUGAUGUAGAAUUGAUGUUCACAUCAGCGCGUCACGUGCACAAGACGACUCUUAUCUCCUCCUCUGGACCUGCCCUCUGCCACCCUGGAGGUUUCGCUACAUGAGUAAUAAAUGACUAAACGACUAUGGUUCAGUGUGAAGAGCAGUUCAUAUUAUCGGCAGAAUCUUGCGCAAACAGCCCUAAAUCACUCGGGGAGCAAGAAUUAUGGCCGAGUCCAGACUCCAUCUGCUGUGCCGUAAUGUCUGGAGUAGAUGAGACCCAAGUCGUCACCUCGGUACGGUAUAUAGUGGUGGGGGGGGUAGGGAGUGGGGGCACACUUGUGUCUCUUUUCUCCACUGAAGGCGUGUGACGCGCGCAGGGCCCCGACGUGGAUGCCCGCGCGACUGGACCUCAGCCGACGAGACCCGUUUCCGUAGCCGGCGCAGGCCAGGAACAAAGCCACCGGGAAACCCCUUCAAGAAAAGCAGGCGAGAUUCCCGAGCGGCUGAGCCGGGCUGUGAGCCGGUCCGUCUCGGGCUCUGGGGGGCGGUUUCUAAUCUUCCUGGCUCAGCACGGCUUCCUCAUUACCUUCAUGGGCGGCUGACGACCUCUCCUCCUCCUGACGCACGCGGGGCUCCCUCGGAUCCGGUGUGUGGACUCAGGCGACUGCGGUAUCGUACGCCGAAGGUUGUUUCGGGGAUGGCGGGCUUGGGCCCCUCCGGCUCCCUCGCGGUCACUGCCAGUAAGACGACAGCACUGCAGCGCCCAGGAAAUCGCCAGCAUUUCCAGUUCCUGGCAGGCGUGAAUUGUGGGUGUUUCCAGCCAAUGAUGUGAGCCUGCAGGGACGCCGAGCCCGAGCUCUUUGCCCAGGAAGCGACAGGUGUAGCCCCUCCGCUCCCCUCCAUUCUGAUCCACCCAGCCCCUGCUGAUUGACAGCUCAACAAUCAGCGGGGAACUUUAGGCGGUAAAGUUUGCUGACAGACCAUCCAGCGGGUCCAGAACACCAGCCUGCAAGAACACCCAGAGACCCUCAGUCCAGAAUAUCGGCCUGUAAGUACACCCAGAGACCCUCAGUCAAGCGGGUCCAGAACACCAGCCUGCAAGAACACUGAGGCCCUCCGUCGAGCCGGACCAGAACACCAGCCUGCAAGAACACCCAGAGUCCCUCAGUCCAGCCAGUUCUGGAGCUGUAGGCUGACACGAUGCCACCGGACAGGCGCGGCGCAGCCUAUAGGCCAGGAAGUACGGGUUCCGAUCGGGUCAGGAUGUGGGCCUGGGCGCUGCUCCCAAUCGCCAUGGCAAUGCUGGGGACUGUGGGAUUCUGGGCGGUGUUCGGGAUGGCGGUGUCCAACGGGUCUGUCAAUCUCACACGGGAGUUCCCCUACAUCAGUACGUGUGGCACCUACAAUCCCCAGAGCUGCAUCUUCGCACAGGUGCUCAACCUGGGCUCUCUCAUGGUGGUGUGGAUAGUUCUGAUCCGCUACCAGCAGAUUAAGGACUAUGGACAGAGCUCCCGGGUCAAUGUGGCCGGUCUGGUGCUGGGUUUCGGCUGCGCGCUGGGCUGCUCCUUCGUGGGCAACUUCCAGCAAUCCGUGCUGAUGGGCGCCCACCUGUUCGGGGCCUUCCUGGCGUUCUUCGUGGGCCUGGCCUAUUUCUGGGUGCAGGCGUACCUCACCUACACGGUGGCGCCCCGCCACGGGGGGCGCUGGAUCGGCCCGGCCCGCGUCGGCCUCUGCAGCGCCUGCACCGUCCUCAUCGUCAGCAUGUCCGUGCUCCACAAGCAGCAGUACCGGUCGGCGGCGGCCGGGUGCGAGUGGGCGGCGGCCAUGACCUUCUUCCUGCUCUUCGCGCUCUUCGCCGUCGAGUUCCGCCACGUCGACUGCCACCGGUACCACGUCCAGAAGCGGGCCGUGCCAGCGGGCGGCGCCAUGCCCGCGGAGGUGGCCUCCCAGGCCCAGGCACCCUGAGGAGGAGGAGGAGGGGGGCGUGGAGCUGCUCCAUGCGCCGGCCAUUCGGGUGCAGGGCUCCAUUGUAACCCUGCGCUCGCGAGUUCUCCCUCACGCCUACAGGGGGCGCAGUUUCCACAGCACAGCGCCGGACGGGCGCGGAGCAGCCGAGAGACGCCAGCAGGGGGCGCCCACCCCCCCACCCCCCCAGCCUGAAACGCGACUCCUCCCCUCGUCCGCCAGGCGCAACAAGAUCCGGUUUGAUGAAGUCUAACGAACAGCAGCCAUCAUGAAGAUCGUUAACGGGAGUCGAUGAGGUGCAGGGGCAGGGGGGUGGAUUGGGGGCGUUGCUCCUGUGUAUUUGACCUGUAUUUUCUUGUCUAAGCUCCCCAGCGGACAGCUGGAGGCCGCGGGCUCGUGCAGUCAGGCGGUUUCACUGUCCCGGAGCUGUGCAGACUGUGACAUGUUGACAUGAUCAACGCCCAUUAAAAGAGAUUCGUGAGGCUGAA